CAAUUUUUCAGGGAUAAAUAAACCAAAUGAAACUGUUCGACCUGUCGCCGCACCGACAUAAUGUUUCCAUCUAGAUUACUAGAAAAAUGGUGGCUCCGAGCAUUUAUUGCACUUGUUAUUUUCUUCGUUUGGCAACUAUUUUAUGCAAUUAAUCGGGUACAAAGUUUGGAAGAAGAACGGGCCACUUUGCAAGCUACCAUAGAAGUUUUGACACGAAAAAGCGACGGGUUAAGAACGCAGAUAUUCGAAAAAGAACGAAAUUUGGUUCGAUUAAAUGGGAAAGUUGAGGAGAUUGAUACACAAAUACGCGAUCAUCUUUCCCUCCUGCCACGUGUUAAUCGUUCAACGCCUUUCAUUUAUUUUAUAACUCCAACACAUUUCCGCGCUGCUCAGCGAGCCGAUCUCACUCGUCUAUCCUACACGCUUUCCCAUGUUCCCAACCUCCAUUGGAUCGUUGUAGAAGAUUCCGAUGAACUCACACCAUCCAUCGCCGGAAUUCUGAAAAGAUCAAAAAUUCCAAAUACACAUCUAAAUGCUCGAACUCCGUCUGAUCAAAAAAUGAGAUACGAUGACCCCAAUUGGACGUUGCCACGUGGCGUUGAGCAACGAAAUCGAGCACUUUUAUGGAUUCAAAAUCAAUUGAGUGGUGUGAAAGAGGGCGUUGUGUACUUUGGAGAUGAUGAUAACACAUAUGAUCUGAAAAUUUUCGGAGAAAUGCGGAAAGUGAAAAAUGCAGGAGUUUGGCCAGUUGGAAUAGUUGGUGGAAUGUUUGUAGAAACGCCAAUUUUAGAGAAAAAUGGAUCGAUUUCCCAUUUCAACGCUGUCUGGAAACCGGAGCGUCCAUUUCCGAUCGAUAUGGCUGCAUUUGCAGUCAAUAUUUCUCUGGUUCUCUCCAACGCGAACGCUCUUUUCUCAUUCGACGUGCCUCGUGGAUAUCAAGAAUCUACUUUUCUUGAAAAUCUUGGAAUUCAUCGUUAUAAUAUGGAACCACUUGCGGAAAUGUGCACGAAAGUGUAUGUGUGGCAUACGAGAACUGAAAAACCGAAAUUGUCGAAAGAAUCGAUUGAUCGAUUGACUAAAAAGACAGGAUUCAACUCGUUAGAAGCACAUGCGCUUGGUGUGGAUAAUUAAGAAAAGUUCUAAUUUUGUUAUUUUUGUUGAAGUACCCAUUUUAGUUUGAUAUAAUUCAUUUUCCACAGAUUUUACCCAAUGUACAAAAACCUACGAGUACCCUUUUAUUGCAUUUUGACUAACUUUCAUAAAUAUUUUUCUUU